CAAUUAAAUUGAAACUUCAAUCUAUAAAUAUGGUAAGAGUUGUUGGUAGUUAAACACCAUCACACAAGAAAGAUUAUUACCACCAGCAGAGGUAAUGGCUGCUAACAUCAUUGCAAUUGCUUCUGUGAUACCCAAAAUCAACGAAAAGUUUCCUUCCGAUGAUACUCUCUUUCUCCAGUUUGCUAGCUGCGAUUUGGACGCAGAUGGACUGCUGAAACCGUUGAUCGGAGGUGAGGCAGAAUUAAUCAAGAAUGAAUCUACAGAGCAGAAGUACAAAUAUGUUGCUAAAAUUGAAGUUCCCAAAGGUUUUGGAGAAAUUGGAGCUGUGAUUGUCGAAUUGAAAGACGACUCGCCUGAGAAAUUUAUCGAUACUGUUGUUGUUGCAAAUCCAACAUCUCAUAACACAAUCACCUUCAGCUGUACCUCAUGGGUCCAACCCAAAAAUCUCAUUCCUGACCAACGCAGGAUUUUCUUUUCCACUAAGUCCUAUUUGCCGGAAGAGACGCCAGCAGGGCUGGUGAAGUUGAGAGCAGAGGAUCUUGAGAAUUUGAGAGGCCAAAAAGAAGAUGGAACAGUGGAUACGAAUCAGCGCAAGGCGUUUGAAAGGAUUUACGAUUACGAUGUGUACAAUGACCUUGGAGAUCCCGACGUAGACACGAAAUGGAAAAGGCCUGUUCUUGGUGGUUCAGUUCAAUAUCCUUACCCUCGACGUUGUAGAACUGGUCGUCCUGCUACCGUAUCAGAUCCAAAGUCAGAGCAAAGGAGUGCAGAAAGCUUUUAUGUUCCAAGAGAUGAAGCAUUCUCAGAAGUGAAGCAGAAAAUGUUCCCAACAAACCCUGGGAAGAAAGAUAAGUUAGGAGCAAAGCCUUUCACCGACUUCACUCAGAUUGACUUAAUGUUCAGAGAUGGCAUUGCACCACCAUCCAAUCCCCAUGAAAUUCUUCAAUUUAACAUCAUCUCCACACUUAAUGCAUCAAAUCAACCUUCUGUUCAGCCCACUCCUGUUCAACCCGACACACCUGUAAUCAAAUUCCCACCACCUGAGGCUCUCAAAAGAGACAAGUUCAACUGGCUUAGUGACGGUGAGUUUGCAAGACAAACAAUUGCGGGUCUUAAUCCCUAUUGUAUACAGUUGGUCAAGAGUUGGCCUUUGAAGAGUGAGCUGGACCCUGAGGAAUACGGACCUCAAGAAUCGGCAUUCACCACGGAUUUGGUUCAAAAAUUAAUAGGAAGUUCCCUCACUGUUGAAGAGGCAAUAGCGCAAAAGAAGUUGUUCAUAUUGGAUUACCAUGAUACUUUGAUGCAAUAUGUAGAGAAAGUAAGAAGCAUUAAGCGGACCACACUAUAUGGAUCAAGAACCUUGUUCUUCCUAAACUCUGAUGACACUUUGACUCCCUUGGGUAUUGAGCUAACUCGGCCACCAAUGGCUGGAAAGCCCCAAUGGAAACAAGUUUUCUCACCAAGCACUCAAGCCACAAAUGCCUGGCUAUGGAGGCUUGCUAAAGCCCAUGUUCUUGCUCAUGAUUCUUGUGUUCACCAACUCGUUAUUCAUUGGCUUAGAACUCACUGUUGCAUGGAGCCAUAUGCAAUCGCCUUAAACAGACAACUGAGUACUAUGCACCCAAUUUAUAGAUUACUGCAUCCUCAUUUUCGAUUCAAUAUGCGUAUCAACUCAAAUGCUCGUGAAAUUCUAGUCAAUGCCGGAGGCAUCAUUGAAAGCACAUUCUCUGCUGGAGGUUAUUCCAUGGAAUUUAGUUCUUUGGUGUAUAAGAGGGAGUGGCAAUUUGAUACACAAGCACUCCCUGAGGACUUAAUUCGCAGGGGAAUGGCGGAAAGAGAUGCAAGUGCACCACAUGGUCUGAAGUUGGCCAUCGAAGACUACCCUUUUGCCAACGAUGGUUUGAUCCUAUGGGACGCUUUAGUGGAAUGGAUAUCAGCAUAUGUGAACCACUAUUACCCUGAUGAGAAAGCGAUAAAGAACGAUAAAGAGUUGAAAGCUUGGUGGAAAGAAAUCAAGGAAAAGGGACAUCCAGAUAAAAAGAAGGCAGCAGGAUGGCCAUCACUAAAAACCCCCCAAGACUUAAUUCAGAUUGUGUCAACAAUAGCAUGGGUAGGAUGUGGGCACCACACUGCUGUCAACUUCAUUCAAUAUGCACAUGCUGGCUAUUUUCCAAACCGACCCAGUAUUGCAAGGACAAACAUGCCCACAGAAGACUUUGACCAAAUUCCAGAAGAGUUUAUAAACAAUCCUGAAAGUGUGAUACUUGAAGCCUUCCCUUCAAUAGCUCAGGCUUCAACAGUGGCACAAACUAUGUUGAUAUUGUCAGCACAUUCUCCGGAUGAAGAGUAUAUUGGGAAGAAGAUAGAGCCAGCCUGGGCUGAGGACCCCACGAUAGCCAGAGCCUUUGACAAGUUUAAAAUGAAGUUGGAUAAACUAGAAAAGACAAUUGAUCAAAGGAAUGAGAACAGUGAAUUGAAGAACAGGCGUGGAGCUGGGCUUGUGCCUUAUGAGGUUCUUAAACCAACUUCAGGUUUUGGGGUCACAGGAAAGGGAGUUCCAUACAGUGUUUCCACUUGAUCAAUCACUUGUCUUCUCUUCUUCGUAUUCCUUGUCUUUCAGCCUUAAUUUGCUCUUUUGAUUUUUAUUUGGAAACAAUAAGAUGUCAUUUUCAUUUUGUCCUCAGUGUCUUUGCCUCAUGAGCAUGGUUUUAUUAAAAUCAUUUAAAUACCAAGUAAUUUAUAUAUCCAUUACAUUCCAUUUUUCUUCA